AUGGUUUUUAUACUAGCAGUUAGACCUAGGCUACUUUACAUAGCCAACAGACAAAUACAAAAUAACAAGCGAUUAAUAUCAUCCAGUACCCAAAAACUCCUCCAAUCAUCUAGUACAUUAUCAAAUGCAUCGAAAGUAAACAGACAGGUGACCGACAAGACAAAUAAGCUCUUUAAGAAGAGACACGUUGCAUUGGUAUCGGGAAUUAUAAUUAUUGGGUCAUAUAUUUCGUUCAAUCAGUCGAAUUAUUAUAAUUUGGAUACGGUUCCACCAGUUGGUGGGGGUAGAGGUGCUUCCGGGAUCAGUCCUAAACUUUUCCCACCAUCGAAUAACACGGUGAUUGGGGAUGACUCGAGAUACUUUUCUACGUCCACAAACUCCAUGCAUCAAAAGAAUAGCAUUGGUAACCAGCAACAAAAACAAGGAGUGUUUUUGUUGAAUGACGAACAAGUCAGCAAGAAGUUGAGACAAUUCGAAGAAAGUUAUUCUGUUAAUAGAGGUAAGGGUGUUACAAGAUAUGAUAUCUGCCAGUUGCCUUCUAACUCGCCUAUCGAGGAUGAUCGGGCAGAAGAGAUUGUACAAGUGCCUAUCUUGCAGGAUAACAACAUCAAGACUUCCACUGAUUGGAUGUUUUUCGGUGUCUUUGAUGGACACGGUGGCUGGACUACUAGUAGCAAGUUGAGAGACCAAUUGAUUAGCUACAUUGUGCAUGAGUUGGGAACUAUUUUCAAGCCAACAAAUGAAGAUAACUUGCGAUACGUUCCUAAUGGUGCUACGAUCGACCAGGCGAUCAAGAAUGGGUUUUUGAAGUUGGACCAUGAAGUUGUCAAUAAGAACAUGGAAAAAUUAUUGAACGAUAAUAAUAAGGCCAAGGCGGCAGAAUUGUUGAUGCCAGCAUUGUCAGGAUCGUGUGCGUUAUUAUCAUUCUAUGAUACGAAUUCCAAGUUAUUAAAGGUGGCCGUUACUGGGGAUUCCAGAGCAUUGCUUGGUUCAUUUAAAGAUAACCAUUGGACUGUCAGACAAUUAAGUAUUGACCAAACCGGUUCAAAUCCAACAGAAGUUGCUCGUAUCAUCAGUGAACAUCCCGACGAGCCUAACGUGGUGAGAAAUGGAAGGGUUUUGGGUACUUUAGAGCCUACCAGGGCUUUUGGUGAUUGUCGCUACAAAUUACCUGCAUCAAUUCAGGAAAGAAUUUAUAAGCAGUUUUUCGGCAGAAGACUUCCAAACAAUCUUAAAUCACCCCCUUACGUUACCGCAGAGCCAGUCAUAACUACCACCAAGAUUAACCCCGAAAACAAUGAUUUCUUGGUGAUGGCAUCCGAUGGUUUGUACGAAAUGCUCUCAAAUGAAGAAAUUAUUGGCCUUGUGGUUAAGUGGAUGGAAAAAGAAAAAAUGGUUAAGCCUCAAAAGUCAUUCUGGAAUUACUUUGGAUCAACAGAGAAUAAAUUACCGGAGGUGGCUGAUAUCACUAAUGAUAAGUCUUCAAAACAACCAUUUAGAAAGAAUAAGCAAUCUGGUGGAUAUGGAGGUUUCUUGUUAGAAGAUAGAAACGUUUCAACUCAUUUGAUUAGAAAUGCCUUGUCUAACGGCGGUUCAAGGGAACAAACAUCUAUGUUAAUAUCUAUUCCCAACCCUGUCUCAAGACGUUAUAGAGAUGAUUUAACUGUCACCGUCGUUUUCUUUGGCAAGGAUCCAAGAGGAGAAAAUGAAGCUGGAAAAUUAGAAAUAAAUGCUGAUGCUACCGCAGGUGGUAUCGAUUCAGCUAAACCUAAAUUAUAA